AGAAAUGGAUCGGUAUAUUAAUAUACUGUAUAUGUUACACCGAGCUAGCAGAGCUGCUGCUUACCUUACAGGCAGUAAACACACUGUAAAGAGUACGGCAGUUCGCGCGCAGAAAUCCCCUGCGCUACGGUGUCCCCGGCAGGACAAACAUGUCGGAGUUGUGGUAGUUCCAGCAAUUACAGAAAACAACAGCACCCUCUUUUGGAACAUUUAUGCACUGCUUUACAGUAACAUCAUCAGCUCUCACUGAGAUAAACCGAGUCCCGUUUUCAUUAAAAAAAUAAAUGGCGCCAUUUAUAUUUAGCGGGCAAAGAACAAAUAAAAUCAUUUCUCCCCAUUCUGGUCACAACCAGAGGAAAAUGAAGCUGUAGCUUCCUCCAUCACGGCAUUUGACAAACUAAGCCUUCAGAAAUAAUUUUUAAAAGCAGCGGGUUGAGGCGGUGUGAGCUUCACACGAUGUGCUAAAAAUAAAACCUGACGGCUGCGGACGCCGCAAAGCUGCGGGAGUCGCGCCGGGCGAAGAGAGGCGAUCUGCGGCGGCUGCCGCUCGUAAAUUAUUGAAUUAUCCCGACUAUCAUUUAAAUAGUUAAACAGAUAGUCUGACAUGCGCAGUAAAGUGGCUCCUGACGCAACGUGACUUCGUACGUGACGACAUGACGCUGCUGUGUGGGCGGUUUGAUGCCUAUGACGUGUUGACGGACGUCAUAGGUCAGGGUCUUUAUUUGCUCGUUCUUUUUCCCUGAACGUCACUUCGCAGUUGUUCCUCAGAGCCUCUUGAUCUCACACAAAACCUUAAUCUCACCUUCACACCUUACGACAAUCAUGUCCAGUAAACUGAGUUCACCAACCGCAGAGACCCAGACCGUUUCGGAGAGAUCGGAUUUCAAGGAACCAGCCGACGGUUCAACUUGUGAGCAGAAGAAGAGUGAAGGGUUGAUGGGAAAAAUCAGGACAUUUUUCAGAAAUGUCACUGGAAAACGUUCCUCAAAGGUGGCUCCACUGAUAGUCCAGGAACAACCGGAAACCUCUUUGAAUGAAAAGAUGGAGAUCCAGGUGGAAGAUGUUGACGACCUUUCAGACGCUACAGGAUGUGUAGCUGAGGCUCAGCCGGCCAAAGACGACAACAAACCUACGACCACGGCAGCUGUUGUUCCUCUCAAUGACCAGGGAACCACAGAUCCACACAGGGAGGAGCCUGAGGUGGAUCUGAUCUCACCCGCUGAGCCGAUCGAUCCUCUGGAUGAUGCAGACGUGGAGAACUCUGUACCAGAGAUUCAGUCAACUGAAGAUCCACAGGAACAAGAAGGGCGGUCAGAGAUGGAUGAAGUAUCAUCCACUGACGCCUUGUCUGAUCCAGAGAUUUUGUUGACGGAAAAUCUGCUGCAAAACAACUCGGAACCGGAGUCCACUUCUGAUGAUAGCUCUGACGAUUCCUCAUCUGCCUUCACUCCUUCUGUGAUCGAGUGGGACAGUCGGACGUUGCCUUCUUUAGUGCUGGACGAUGACGGUAAUGAGGAGUUCACAGGUUCCCACGUUUGCUAUGAAGAGGAAAGAGAGGAAAUGAACUCACAUCUCCCUGGAUUCACAGCUCAACAUUUUAUCUGUGAGGGAAUGAUUCCUGGUGAGCUGGACCAGCAUGAACCAGAAACGGAGACCACCAGCGAGUCAGAGGAAGACCAGGAGUCUGAAGACGUGGAGAGGACAAAAACAGCCCUGCGGAGCCUGGUCAGAGACGUGAUCACCAUGAUUAUUGAUAAGUCUGGACAGGUGGACUACCCUCCAGAGGAACACAAGGCCAUCUGCAAGAGACUCUUCGAUAAACUCUGGGCUGAAACCCAACACACGGACCAAAACAUGAGCCCAGACACGAUUAGACGCCAGGGGAAGCCGAUCUUUGAGGACCUGCUGAAGGGCUGCAGCAAGCCAGAGAUGAUCCUCCUUCUCCUGCAGGCAGGGACGCCGAUACUGGAGAGGAACGUCUUGACGACCAUGAAAAACCGACUGCAGCCUCGGUGGAAGAUGAUCAGCGCCAUUAAAAAUGCUUUCAUUGAAGCGGUAGAGAACCUCCGAGAGAACCAACACAGGCUUUACAUAUGGCUGUAAAUGAAUUACAGCCACAUGUAAAGCCAGAAACGGACCGGUGAUUUACAGUGGCGGAUUCUUCACGGCGCCAUCGCCACCAACUCGUUUUUAUCGAUCAUCAGUCCUGGGGUUUUAAACGAGUGUCCAUUUUGUAGUUUGUCCGAGAGUGUUUUUCAUGUUUUUAUGGAUUGUGUACAGUUAACUGGUUUUUUAAAUUUUUUAACGAGCAUUUUUAGCCUUUUUAGCGUGGUUUUGACCAAUUCCGUUUUUAUCAAUGGUGUACAUUACAGUCGAUCCACUAAUCCCGGCUGUUAAAUGUUUUAAUAGCCGAAGCCAAGAUGGCUAUUUACUUGACUCGACGGGACAAAAUGCAGGCUGGACCUCAACUCCACGUGGUGGCUCUGUGGAAGGUUAAUGUGGUAAUGUGGCCUUGGUUUUCCUUUUUGGUUUAAAUUUAUGUUUCUUAUAUUGCUGUUUUGGAUUGCUUGUUAUAUUUACUUUCUUAGAUUUAGUUGAGUUAUAUUUUUGGGGUGUUGUGUUGCAUGUUUCUGAUGUACACCAGGAGACGCCCCACCGCAGCGGCACAGGUGUUCUGCAUCUAAUUAAGCAGCGUGCAGACCAGGAAGGAUGAUAAGCCAUCGACGGUGAGACAGCCAGGAGGAGAAGCAGACGGAGCCGGGCUGGUUGUUGGUGUUGGGGGACUGCGCAGGCGGACCGGAGGACUAGAGACGGGCGGACUGGUCACCAAGGAGUACCACCCGUCUGAUCGCUGUUGAGGGCAGCGAGUCGCCUGACUGGUCGCCGUCAAGGAGCGGGCGGCCGGCCGGGCUGUAGGAGCAGGAGUGGCUGGAUCGUGGCUGAGGUUCGCCAGGGACCGGGAGCAGUAGAGGACCGCGCCCCCCCCCCUUGGGCCAGCUAAGAGUCUGUUACGGACUUGUUUAUUGACUUUGCCUUCAAGGACUGCUUGUGCCUCCUUUUUAAUUAUUCACCUUUUAAAUAAAUUAUUGUAAAUCUUAUUGGUCUGUUUAGAAACUCUGUUCACAAUCCUUGCAGUUAUUUAUUUGGUACACCACUCUGGUGCCACAUUAACAUCAAGGCCAGGUUGAGAUUGGAGUUUUGUUUCCACAGAGCCGCCGGGAAUCUGAAGGGUUUUUUAGAACUGUGGGGUUUUAACAAUGUGUUGUGCACCAUUUCUAAUCAAGGAGAACUAAAAUAUAACAAGUUGUUAUUGUAACUGUUUAUUGUGUUUUUAGUAUCCUUGACCUGAUUAUGUAAUGUAUUGUUAAAUUAUUGUAUAAUAA